CUGCUUGCCUGGAAAUUCCAAUCCACCGAGGUCUUUGACACGGGUAGCAUUUCUAUGUGGCGGUUCUUGUCGUCCCAAUCCGUUCGUGGUUGACAGCUUGACUCUUGGUGGUUCGAUUCAGUUUUGUCGAAUUUUGAGAUUUUUUGCUGGCACGGACAAGAUAGGGCUUUGGGCACCAAUAUCUUUUGGCCAGUGUCCAUGCAGACAUGCUGCAUACCGUUUAUCUGGCCAGUCUCUGUCAGCGGCGUCGGUGGCCUGAACCUUCGUACCAGAUAACCCGGAGCCCAGCGGGAUACCGUUGCAUCGUUCGAGUCAACAAUCGAGAGUAUCAGACCUCGAACCACCACAGCUCCGAGUCGUCGGCCAAGGAGGGAGCGGCUCUGAUCGCUUUCAACAUCUGCCGGAACUUCUCGGCAAACGAUGGCAUGUACCCCACGGGGUUUGCACAUGGCGGUGUUAUCCAGGGCAACCCAGUCCCUGUAGGGUCUGGACGACACAGCCGACGAAGCGGGAGCGAUCGAAACGACUAUCGAUAUGGCGAUACCGACAGCACCGGCAGUAGAAGUGGGGGGAGUUCCCCUGAUUGGACUGAUGGUCGCAGCCCAGACCUCUUCCGCCUAUCGGGUGGACAACAGACAUUGUAUCCCUCGAGAUCUACGACCGAUCUGCCUUACGUUGACAAGCGGCGUGUCAAUGUACGCUACUGAACGACGCAAGAGGGUGGCGGGGCCGAGGUGACGGCCUCUGACGUUCCAUUCCAACCCAUUCAAGAUGUACGACUUUGAUUCACCCCCGAAAAACGAGACCCAUGACCCCUUUUGAUGACCACCUCCAAAACGACAACGACAAUGACAUGACAAUGAGAAUGACAAUGACCGCGACCAUGUAUGCAACAGCGGCCACGACGAUGAUCGCGAGCCGCCAAAAGCGUCAACGCUCAAUGGCCGGAUGAUAUGAUGACUUUUGAGACGGGGACUUUUGACGAUGCCGUUUUCUAGUAGACAAGACAUAAUGAGGCAGGCAACUGUUGCGAUCUUCAUCACCAUCGUUGCGCAUCAGCAUGACAGACCUAGCGAGUGGAGGGUGCUUUUGCUGUUCCUUCCUUUUCUGCUAAUUUGUUCUGGAGGAUGUGGCUUAUGCAAUUUAUUCUCUUUUCAAUGCGCUGAGACAGCUAUGAAACCAAACAAUGAUGAUGACUUAUGACCUUUUUCAACAAUCAA